AUGAGGUGUUCUGAAAAGAGAACGAAAGAUAUGGAUAUAGAUCGAAGUGCGCUUGCUCUUGGCAGUAAGGAGAAAAUCAUGAAGUUGAAUUUUGAAAUCCGGGCAUCUGUGCAAGAGAUACAAAAUGAGUUUAAGAAGAUUCAUCCCGACGAAAAUAUUCCAGAUGAAAAAACAAUUCAUGGCGUGAUGGAGGCCUUCCGUAGAAGUAGGGGACAGACAGUCGCGCAGCCUUCAUGUAGUGAAAAAAAUUCAUUCUACGUUCUGGUAGCGAAGACUGAGCACGAAGACUAUUUGAAGGAGGAGAGGAAGGAGUUCUGUAAGUGGAUAACUUUGAAGCUCGAAGAAGAUAGAAAAUUCCUAGACCGUGCUUUCUUCACGAAUUACGCUGAUUUCUACCUAAAUGGAAAAGUGAAGAGGGAGAACGUCCAAUUCAGUGGGUUAAUGGAUACAUAUAAUGAAAGCCAAGACGGUGAAAACCAGAAUGACAAUAUCCAAGAUGUUCAAAGCCAGAAGGAUGAUUCCUCAGAAAGGGUGACCGUAUGGUGCGCUCUGUCUCGAAAAUUCUUCAUCGGCCCCUUCUUCAUAGAGACCGAGAUGGGCGCCUCCUUCUUCAACAAUAGCGAGGAAAAUGAGUCGAAAUACCAAGAAAUGCUUCAGGAUAGAUUCUCCAAGGCCUUGGAGGCACUGCUGAGGAAAGAAAAAAUUAAAAAGUGCAGGGGAUGGUCAAAGCCCUGCAAAGGUUGUAACUGCACCAUAUGUCCCAACAUGAGGGAGUGUAAUUCCCUGGAUAUGGUGGGAGAGAAUGGAGAUAUGAAUACGCACCAGGUCGUGGCCGUGGAAGACGUAAACUGCAAGAGCGAUAAUGUCAUAUACUGCAUCACUUGUUUAAAGUGCAAUCAACAGUAUAUUGGUAUGACAGUUUGCCUUAGGAAUCGAAUUACACAGCAUAAAAGAGAGAUUGCUCCUCAGACGUCAACAAAACGGGACAUGAAGGAAGUGGAGGAGAAUGGGAGAAAUCCGAAGAGGUUUAAGAGGAAACAUAGUGUGCGGGAAGCGGAGACUAUUUUGAUGGCGGAUGAGGAGACUCUUAUGGACGAUGAGAUGACGAUCGAGGCUGCUGAGGAAGGAGAUGAGACUAGAGAGCCAUCGACUUCAAAAGGGCCCAAAGAGAGUAUCGAGAAAACAAAGGUUGUUAAGGGGCUUCCAAGGCACAUGGAGAAUUGUGUGCCUGAAGCGUCGAAGCGGUGGGAGACGAAGACUGAGCACAAAGACUAUUUGAAGGAGGAGAGGAAGAAGUUCUGUAAGUGGAUAACUUCGAAGCUCGAAGAAGAUAGAAAAUUCCUAGACCGUGCUUUCUUCACGAAUUACGCUGAUUUCUACCUAAAUGGAAAUGUGAAGAGGGAGGACGUCCAAUUCAAGGGGUUAAUGGAUACAUAUAAUGAAAGCCAAGACGGUGAAAACCAGAAUGGCAAUAUCCAAGAUGUUCAAAGCCAGAAGGAUGAUUCCUCAGAAAGGGUGACCGUAUGGUACGCUCUGUCCCGAAAAUUCUUCAUCGGCCCCUUCUUCAUAGAGACCGAGAUGGGCGCCUCCUUCUUCAACAAUAGCGAGAAAAAUGAGUCGAAAUACCAAGAAAUGCUUAAGGAUAGAUUCUCCAAGGCCUUGGAGGCACUGCUGAGAAAAGAAAAAAUUAAAAAGUGCAGGGGAUGGUCAAAGCCCUGCACAGUCACAGGUCGUAAAUGCGUCCUAUGUCCCAACAUGAGGGAGUGUAAUUCCCUGAAUAUGGUGGGAGAGAAUGGAGAAUUGAAGACGCACCAGGUCGUGGCCGUGGAAGACGUAAACUGCAAGAGCGAAAAUGUUAUAUACUGCAUCACUUGUUUAAAGUGCAAUCAACAGUAUAUUGGUAUGACAGGUUUCCUUAGGGAUCGAAUCGCACAGCAUAAAAGAGAGAUUGAUCCUCAGCCGUCAACAAAACGAGACAUGAAGGAAGUGGAGGAAUGUAGGAGAACUCCGAAGAGGUUUAAGAGGAAAGAUAGUGUGCGGGAAGUGGAGACUAUUUCGAUGGAGGAUGAGGAGACUCUUACUGACGAUGAGAUGACGAUCGAGGCUGCUGAGGAGGGACAUGAGACUAGAGAGCCAUCGACUUCAAUAGGGCCCAAAGAGAGUAUCAAGAAAACAAAGGUUGUUAAGGGGCUUCCAGCGCACAUGAAGAAUUGUGUGCCUGAAGCGUCGAAACGGUGGGAGAAUCUGGAUGUUGUCAUCUUGCAUGCCACAGGGUGCACAGAAGUAGAAAAUCUGGAUAUGAUGGAGACUUAUUACAUCCAAAAGGAUCAUGCGUGA